CUACUCGUCAAAAGAAAAAUGCCGCUGCCAAAAAGAAACGUAAUGAUAAAGGUAUUUUGAUAAUAAUUAAUGGUGUUAAGAUCAUCAUAUAAUUUUCGUCAAAUGUGUUGGUUUCUUGCGUUGACAAUAGAAUUCGCGUAUUUUCUUUUAAAAAUCAAAUAAUCUACAUAAAAUGUUCGAAAUGAACACAGCGGAGCCCAUGCAAGUGGACGUUCCUUUAGAAGAUAAUGAAAACAAUGAAACCGAAUGCUAUGUCGUUGAGAAUCCUACUUUAGAUCUAGAGACAUAUGCAGCCUCUUAUACUGGCUUUGCCAAGUUGUACAGAUUAAUGUUUGUAGCAGAUCAUUGCCCUCCUCUAAGAUUGGAAGCUCUUAAAAUGGCCAUAUCACAUGUUAUGACUACAUACAAUGUAAGCUUGUACCAAACUCUACAUAAAAAGCUUGCUGAAGCUGUGGCAUCUGCAGGUCUACCUGAUGUUGCUGUCCAAAUGGGAUCACAGGAUAUCCCUGUAAUUGACACAAUGUGGGUUGAAUCUAAAACUAAAAAAGCAGCUAUUAAGCUGGAAAAGUUGGACACUGACCUCAAAAAUUACAAAACAAAUUCAAUAAAAGAGAGCAUUCGGAGAGGACAUGAUGACUUAGGAGAUCAUUAUCUGGAUUGUGGUGAUCUUACUAGUGCUUUAAAGUGCUAUUCAAGGGCAAGGGAUUAUUGUACUAGUGGGAAACACAUUAUAAUGAUGUGCCUCAAUGUAGUUAAGGUCUCAGUGUACUUGCAAAAUUGGGCUCAUGUCCUUAACUAUGUCUCCAAGGCAGAAGGCACACCAGACUUUAAUGAAGUGCCAGGAAAAGAUACUAACCAGUCUAUUCUAACUCGUUUAAAAUGUGCUGCCGGCCUUGCUGAACUAGCUACAAAAAAGUAUAAAUCUGCUGCUAAGCACUUUCUAGCAGCCAGUAUUGACCAUUGUGAUUAUUCAGAGCUAUUGAGCAGCAAUAAUGUUGCUGUCUAUGGAGGACUGUGUGCUCUCGCAACUUUUGAUCGAUCCGAGUUGCAAAAGCAAGUCAUAGUUAGCAGUUCUUUUAAAUUAUUCUUAGAACUAGAACCGCAGUUACGUGACAUAAUUUUUAAAUUUUAUGAAUCUAAAUAUGCAUCCUGCCUAAGGCUACUGGAUGAAAUAAGAGACAAUCUUCUAUUAGACAUGUAUUUAGCUCCACACUUAAAUUCUCUUUACAUGCAAAUACGUAACAGAGCAUUGAUUCAGUACUUCAGUCCAUACCUAUCAGCAGAUAUGCGCCUAAUGGCUGCUGCUUUCAACCGCACUGUCAAUGCUUUAGAGGAUGAACUGAUGCAAUUAAUACUCGAUGGACAAAUACAAGCUCGUAUAGAUUCUCAUAAUAAAAUUCUGUAUGCUAAAGAUGUAGAUCAAAGGAGCACUACUUUUGAAAGAAGUCUCUCCAUGGGAAAAGAGUAUCAGCGACGGACAUCUAUGCUUAUCCUACGUGCUGCUAUGCUCAAAAAUCAAAUUCAUGUUAAGAACAUUGGUCGCGACACUGGGCCUCAAAUUGGCGAAGCACCUGGCUCUAGCACCAGUCUCACUCCCCGUACCUUCGACACAGUACCUUUGUGAUGAAUUUAUUGUAUAAGAUAGUCAACACCAUAUGACUUUUACAUGACAAUUUAAAUUACACUGCCACAGCUUGUACAAAAUUAAAUUCACAAUCCAAUCAAAUAGCCACUAUUUUUUUUUAAUAAAUUUAAAUUUCGAGUAAUAUUAUGUAAAAAUAAUAAUAAAUUGUCAUGUGAAAAUUAAAAAACACCUGUCUAUGAUUAACACGUUUUAUUUUUCAUUUUUCUGGUAUGCGAGAAAUACCCGAGUGGGUGUAGCAAUCAAUAAUAUCAUAACAGUCCUAAAAAAAUGUUAAUCAACAAUCACAAAUAAGAAAGGCUGGUGCAUUACUUCUUAACAUUGUUUAUACUGAAUUAUUCUAUGUAACCAUAAAAUAUGUCUACGUAAUUUUUAAUUAAAAAGUAAAGGCAUA